CGUCAAAAGCACGAAACUUCCAACCAUCGGCGGCAGCCUUCCCCAAUCUCGGCGCCUCCUUAACCUCUUCAUCUUUACAUGCUCCUCUCUUCCUCUCGAAGCACACCAAAUUAGGUCAGAGCAGAGCAGGUGGAGGAACUCUCCUCUGCCUCCCGCUCCUUCCCCGAAGCCUCUUCCUCAGCUCUCUCUACUCCAUCCAUUGGUGUUGCUGUGGUACAAGACAACUCAUAGUCAAUAUAAUUACUCACGCCAUCACAACCUAAUCUGAUGGAGAGGUGGUUGAUUACCGCUACCCAAUAGCAAGCCCCCAAGAAGUGGUUGCCCGCAAUGACGAUCGCCGUCUCCGACCCCCUUCGUCUCCUCUUCAGCGCCUUCUGCUUGCUUCUCUUGCUGGAUCUCGCCCUCUCCCAGAACUCCUCCUCCUGCCCCCUCGACUUCUCCGUGACCCAGAAGUUCGUCUCCGCCGCCGCUUCGUCCCCUAACUCUUCCGACUCUGCCCACAGCUGCACCUACGCCCUCCAGCUCCUCCACCUCACCCUCUCCCAGUACCUGCGUACCGACUCGCUAUUCCACCCCCCCGUCGACGCCGCCGCCGCCUGCUGGACGGCCUUCCAGGCCGCCCUCGCGCCGCUCUUCUCCGCGGCUGACCCCUUCGAUGUCCGCACCGGAUGCGGGUUCCGCACCGAGUGGAUCGCCCAGGGGUGCAUGAACAUCACCUCCCGGCAGGAUUUCGAGAACGUGGUGCCGUCCGCCGGCAUCAGCGACAUGGACCGCAACUGCAACCAGUCUUUCCAGACCACGCCCGCCUGCACCGCCUGCACCGUCAGCCUAAACCGCGUCAAGGCCGCCUACCUUCCCGGUCCUAACCACGGGAAUGUCUCCGACUGCGCCUCCUACCCCGCCAUCUACGCCGGCGGCGCCAUUAGCAGCUUGGGCCCCUCGGACGGCGCCAACGCCUACUGCUUCUUCCUCCUCAGCCCCAACACGUCUGCCCCUUCCCCCUCCGGCGGCGGCUCCAGCACUUGGAUCUACGGCGUCGCCGCCGGCUGCUUCGUGCUCCUCCUGCUCGCCGCUCUCGCGGCUUGGUUCUGGGUCAGACGCUAUCUGAAUCGGCGGAGGAAGCUGCGGAGGAAGCCCUCGAAGCCGGAGGUCGAACCCUCGCUGGCACUGGAGUCGAUCAGCGCGAGCACAACCCUAGUCAAGUUCAGAUUCGACGACAUCAAGCAGGCCACUAAGAACUUCUCCAGGGACAACAUCAUCGGCCGCGGAGGCUACGGCAACGUCUACAAGGGCGUGCUGGCCGACGGCACCGAGGUCGCGCUGAAGCGAUUCAAGAACUGCUCGGCCGCAGGGGACGCGAGCUUCGCCCACGAGGUGGAGGUGAUCGCGAGCGUCCGCCACGUGAACCUCGUUGCUUUGCGAGGCUACUGCCUCGCCACCACCCAGAUGGAGGGGCACCAGCGGAUCAUCGUCUGCGACCUGAUGCGGAAUGGGAGCCUCCAUGACCACCUUUUCGGCACCGGGGAUCACCGGCUCAGUUGGCCCUUGCGGCAGAAGAUCGCUCUCGGAACUGCCAGGGGAUUGGCGUACCUGCACGACGGAGUUCAACCGGCCAUAAUCCACAGGGACAUAAAGGCAAGCAACAUUCUUUUGGAUGAGAUGUUUGAGCCCAAAGUAGCGGACUUUGGCUUGGCGAGGUUUGCGCCGGAGGGGAUGUCACAUGUGAGCACCAGGGUGGCUGGAACUCUUGGAUAUGUUGCUCCGGAAUAUGCCUUGUAUGGACAAUUGACUGAGAAGAGUGAUGUGUACAGCUUUGGAGUUGUCUUACUGGAACUCCUCAGUGGAAAGAAGGCAUUUGUUUCCAUGGGUGAGGGACAAGCGUUUGUACUGAGCGACUGGGCUUGGUCAUUGGUUCGAAGAGGGAGGACAAUGGCUGUUCUUGAGGAGGGGAUGGAGGAAUUGGGGCCAACAGAAGUGUUGGAGAAGUAUGUACUUGUUGCUGUCCUCUGUACCCAUCCUCAGUUGCAUGCAAGGCCUAAGAUGGAUCAGAUUGUGAAGAUAUUGGAGACUGAUUUGGCAGUCCCUUCAAUCCCAGACCGGCCAAUCUCAAUUGUGUCAAACAUUGAGGAUAUUGAAAGAUCUGUGAGCAGUAGUGGUUCAGGUCAGCUAUCUAGUUUUGCUGGGUACCAGCCAUUUGCUUUCGGAAAUGAUGAUGUUAGUUCUGAUGAUUCAGAAAAAGCAUGACACCACGGUCAUCUGACUGGACCAGUUCCAGAAUCGUUUGGGGAGGCUGAUACAGAAUAAAUUAAUUGCAAGAGAUCUCUCUGGUAUGCAAUGGUUUGCAUUUCUUAAUUGCAUCAUUUGGUACCUGGGAUGCAAAAGCAUCGCAUUCUGUUGUAUAUAGUGUCAAGUUAUCUUUUCCCCCAUUUGAGGAGGGAGUAGGUCUUCGGUGUCUGCCAUAUGUUAAGUAAACUCCAAGGAUCUCAUUCUUUCAUUCGAUGUUUGCUUACUUGUGAUAUGUGAGAAGUGUUAUUGAUGAAUUCACAGGUCUAUGAUCUCUUUCUAAAACAUUUCUAAAGUAUGAUUGAUACGUAAAGCAAAAUGCACAAACUACAUUUCUAAAGUAACAAGCACCUUGUUACUGUUCCAAGAAAGUUUGUGCUAGCCUGACGACAUCUUGCUACCCACAGCAUGUGAACAAAUGCUAGAUUCUUGUUAAGAAUCAAAAUGGUUUUACUAGAAAUGCAUGGAUUCAUGCUGUCUUCAACAAUCCCUUUGGUUCUCAUGUUAUUAUGGUGUCUUACUUGUCUUCUAGCUUAUCCCAUUUAUACACAUUUUCCUGGAUGAGUUGAUAAAAACCUUUUAUAUUUUAGUUUACUUGCUGUCUUUAUAUGUCAUAAUUGCUACAUGAUUAUGACAUGGUUAAUCUCCCAUUGUGAUUGCAUUCUUUAUUUACUGUCAUAUGGUAUAUGCACACUCAACAUUAUACCUCGGUGCAGCACUUUUGACAUACUAAUUUUUAAUAUUCCUUUUCGAUGUACAUAACCUUUGCCAUUAAAGCUAAACACCAUAGCCGUGUGAUAACUUUUUAAAAGCACUCCAUAAAUGGCCUCUUUUUGGCUGAAAUGAUUGCCAAUGUGAUUGAGAGUUGAGACUAAUACUUAUUUUUUUCCAAUUAUCAUUUUAUCAAUUCCAACCAACCAAUGCUAUGACUUUAGAAAUUUGAUUGGCAUCACAUUUGCUUGAUUUUAACAGGUCUUUUGUUGAUUUUUAUUGCAUCAACUGACUGAGAUGCAAACGUUACCAUUUCAAAAUUGGCAUCCAGCAGUUUCAUAUCUGUGUGGAGAUAGUAACACAAAUAGCGUUUUUUUUGCCCUGUGAGCUCAUUUUUCUUUCUAUUUUGCAGAAUCACUUGCAAAAGCUUGAAAAGUUUUACAACUAUACUGUUAAUUUCUAGAAAUGUUAAGUUUGCUCUUGGUUUUCAGGAACACUAAAAACUUGCUUUCUGGUUACUAGUGCAAUAUUCACUGUCCUCAUAUGAGGUGAAGAUCGAGAUUCCUGAGUGAAUGUCCUAAAAUAUAUACCUUCUAAAAUUGAAAUCUUGGAUCCCAGGGUUUGGUCUCUCAGUCUUCAGAUUUGAAGUUAUUCUUGGUUUUUCUUGUGUACUCGAAGGACAUGUUGCCUAGACGUCUGUUUCCUGAAUUGUGCAGCGAGUGAUAGACAUUUUCCUAGCAGUGCUUUUCUUAGUCUAUUUUGCUUUUUAUAAGGAUUUAUUGUGGCCUUUCUCCAUUCUAUGUAUAUAUCAAGAUUUCUUUGCAUGAGAAACAGCAACAUAUUUAUCCUAUCAAAGCUAUCAAACUUUUCUACUUGCUAAUUGUAAGCCACUCUUGCCGGAGCCUUCUGUUGUUGCCAGUAAUUUUCCACCAAUCUUUUUCGUAGCUUCUUUAAUACAUCAAAUUUCCACCAAGCUCUUUCAUCCUUUAAGCUAUUUGCUAGAUGACUUCUUUCGGCUGGUGCUUGAGGAAGUCGUUAUUUCCUAUAGGCUAUACAGGCAUUUUUUUUUCUUCCAUUAAAGAAUUUUAUGCUACUAUUUUUUACAUCGAAUUACAUGAAGAUGAUUCAUUCUGCUUGUCUAAGUCACAUCAUUUCUUGUAUCAGUUCUAUGGUGGUUACCGGUAGUGGUUAAUUACUAGUUAGAAUUGCUUCGGCCUGUUCUUAUUACACCGGUAGUUUAUGAUACUGGUUUGAUUAGUGCAUACCAGUUGUUAUUGACUAGUCCGAUGAAGAUUGAAUUUUGGCAUGCUAAAUUGUCUGAAUAGAGAUCAAUGUUUUUGAUUUCUUGCAUUAGAUUUAAGUUGCACAAAUGAAAUGCUUUGCACGUCGUCCUCUUGUGAUGAUUUGUUGAGCCUGGAAAAGAUUAUGAAUUUGAGUGUUAACUCUUUUGUUAAUCUAUCUAUUGCAUUUGUGUUCAUUGAGUUGUUCAAAGCAUUCUUUUGUGCCUGUAUGCCCAAAGCAUUCUUUUGUAUGAGUAUGAUUACAGACUUUUCACCUUUCACAGCAUCUGUAACUUUUGUGUUCUCCACCUCAUUCAAAAGCAUUUUUACAUAACAUGCAACAGCACAAUGCCUCGUUAAAUCUGUUGAUGCACAACACCAUGUUUAUUACACUGCUUCACAAUGCUUUCAAGCUUCAACAGAUACUUGGAGAGGAGCAUUUAAGAUCGAUGACGGCCAAUCUUACACUGGUUUAUACUGAUUCGCAGGUGCUCCACCCUCUACGGCUGCUCUUGCUAGUCCUUCGAAGCUACCUGGUUUCACUACCGAUAUCUCCAGAGCUGCAAGAUCUCCCUCGGCCCUCUUCGCCUUGUAAACACUCCCCAG